AUUCUUGUUUUGUUUUCUGUUGCGUGCGCCCGUGCUCGUCCCUCCGAUAAAACGUCGCGCGGUUUUAGUUUAGUUAGUGUUUAGUUCGGCGCCUCCGGUGGGCCUAGUGCAUAUUUUUUGUUGGCUUUUUGUUUGGUUUUCGGUUCGCGUUCUCUGGCUUUUCGGCGCGCGUCCAGCGGUGAAUCCUGCGGCAGCCGCCAUGUCCCCAACUCACACACGCUGAAAGUCGGGCUCAGAGCGCGUCUGUGUGCUGUUCGUGUGCGCGGAGCAUAUGUUUGUAUAUGUGCAUGAAGAAGGAGAAAAAGAAGCGGCGGCGGCUUGCGAAAAGUUAGAUGCAAGUGUGCGGACUUGGAAAACGGAGCGAAGAAACCAAGAAGCACGAGGUGGAAGAACAAGAAACGCAAGAAGGAGGCGAAGAAUCAGCGGAAAACUCCAAGGUUUGAAACAACAACUACAACGACAGCCAAGAAGUGGACAAGAGGAAGAGGAGGACAAGAAGGAGGAGGAGGAGAAGUAAAGAAGAAGCGUAGCGUGUUCAGCUAUAAACGAUAUCAAAACCAAUAGGAAGGAAACGCACACAAAGAACCCAAAGACAAAGUCUUCGUCGAGUCCAAAAAAAAAAAAAAAGAGAGAGGGGAAGAGAGAGUACGCCAAGAACGAAGAACGGAGCGUUGUGAAGAGAGUGUGUCUGCUGUAAAGAGAAGAGAAAAGAAAGACGAAGACAGUUGCUGGCGGUCAGCGACGUUGGACAAGACGCCGUUGAAAAGAAAAUAUUGCGCAUACGCCGCGUGAACCGAAGGUAAAGAACAACAAGCCGCCCCGCGCUCUUCUUUCAACCGUUAAAAGGAUAGUUAAAACAAAAAAAGCCAGCUCAAAGAAAAUCAGUCUGUGAAAGUGUCUAUUAAAAGCAGAAGGUGCUAAAGGAGCAGCAGACCCGAGGAGAAAAAUCACACUGGAGGAGGUCAGUGUGACAGGGAAACAAAUUUCAAACUGCAGCCGGCUACAAAUCCAGCUUCACGACGUCGUCGUCUUGCAAACGGCUGAAAAUGGAGAAGACUCCCCGGUACACGCAGCGGGAGCGCAAUAUGGUGCUAAGCUAUGCCGCCCAGUACAAGGACGUGAUCGAGAACAAGCGCACCGAUGCCGAGUCCAAUCGCAAAAAGGAUGAGGUAUGGCUACAGAUUGCCAAGGACUUCAAUUCGAAGGUCUAUCAUCAGCGCAGCGCCAAGCAGCUACGUCAGCUUUACAAAAACAUGAAGCUCCUGCUCAAGAAGGAUCUGUGCGGCGAGGACAAGAGCAAUCACUCGUUUAUGGAUCUCCUAAACACACUCUCGCAGCAGGAGUCCGUUGCCCAAUACAUUGCCGAGCAGCUGUCACCGGAGGGAGCGGGCGGCGGUAAACAGGGAGGUCCUGGCGUUCAAGGGAAUGGUCAUCAUGGCGAUGACUUUGAUGACUCCAAAGUGGGGCUUUAUAUCGAAGGCAUGGACACGGAUGUGAUCGUCAUCAAGUCGGAAACAAUCAGCGACAACGAGCAGACAGACAAUGGCAUGGAUUGCCUGGACGAUGACGAUGAUGAUGAUUGCCUGAGCCCCAAGGCGCCGGAAGUGUGCCUGGAGGAGGAGGAUGAUGUCCUGUUUCCCACAGAUCUACGCCAGCUUCAGGUAGCAUCCUCUGGUCCCGGUGGAGUCAACUCCUCAUCCGCUUCCUCCUCUUGCCUGCCCGGCAACAACAACAAUAACAACAACAAUGGAGGAUCCUUAAAUGAUCCCUUACGCCGUGCCGCCGCCAGCUCACCGGUGUGCUCUACCAAAACAUCCGCGAGUUCCAGCGGUAGCUAUGUUUCCACAUCCAAACCGGACAUUACCAUUCAAACGGUGGGACACAUACGUGUGGGCAGCUUUGCCAAUAUUAACAAGACGCCACAGAAUGGCAAUGGUGCUAGCUCCUCGAGUGGUGCUUCAGGGAUCUCGCUUAGCAAUGGCAUAACCAGCGGUUCUAAUGGCUCUGUGCUUCCCUUGACAGCGGAACAAGUCCAACAGCAUACGCUUCUCAAUGGCCUGGGUCUGUCCGCCGUGAAUCCGCCACAGUCACUGCAGGCUGCCAUCAAUGUGGCCACAGCAUUUGUGUCUGCCACUUCAUCCUCGGUGGCUGCUGCUGCUGCUGGCACCAAUCGUCGCACACCGCCCACGCUUCAGUUGCCGCGUCUUCAGAGGGGUAAUAACAAUAACAACAACAACAAUGCCGCUGCCACAUCCGUGGGAAACGGCAAUACAAACAGCUCUUCCGGUUUACAUAGCAAUGCCAAUGGAGUGCAGCUACUGCUCAAUGGGAAUCAUCAUCACCAGCAACAGCAGCAGCAGCAGCACCAACAUCAUUCUCAUCAUCAUCCUCACCUGUCGCGGGACAAGACCGGCGGCGUGGCUAUUGGAGCAGCUGGCAGCUUUAAUGGCUACAAUGGUCUAGCGGUGACGGUGCCCUGCGGUAACCUAAAUACCAGCAGUGGAGCAGGAAGUGGUAGUGGCAUUAGCAGUGCCAACAGCAGUGGCAUCAAUUUGGUUAAUAAUACGGCAGGCAGCGGUGAAGGAACCGGACGAGGGGUAAAGAGACCGCAUCAGGAUUUAAUGGACUCGCUGAAGAUUGAGGAGGCGCAGCGAAAGAUAGAUCUGCUCAAUGCCCAGACCGAUUACUGGCUAACGCUGACGCGCAAGAUCAAUAGCCAGGAGGGAGGAGGACCUUUCUCAAAUCCGGCAUGUCCGUGUCACUUUCCGGGCGCCAGCUUUCUUUCACCAGCUGUGGUACAAGCUGCUGCCGCCGCCGCCGCUGCUAGUGCCUCGUCCUCCUCCGCCGCCGCCGCAGUCGCCUCCUCUUCAUCCGGAUCCGCGAAUGUUAAGCCAACGCAGGACAGCGGCAGCUAG